AUGUCUCCCCCUCCUCCACCCUCCAACCCACAUCCGACCUUCAAACUCUUCAACCACUCCGUGACCAUCUCCCAAAUCCAAGCCGUCAUCCCACCCCAUUUACCCGAACACGACAUGAGGACGAGUCUGUUAUACCUGGUCCGGGACCAGAUACAGGUUUUGGUGGUUAGAUUCGGGAUCUAUUACGUUGACCUGCUGCUUUCUCCGUUGUGCAGCUCGAGGGUUUGGUGGGCUGCGCGGGUGUUUCUUAAGUUGGGUAUUAACUGGUGGUUGCAGGGACUCGCACUCACCGGUCUCUGGGUCUUUGGAGACAAAAGCAUUUUUGUCACCGUCAUAACAUUAUCAACUAGUAUCCUGCUAAAACGAGGAAUGAACCUCCGUGGCGACGUCGUCCUGCUCUCCAUCACGCUGGGCGUGUUCUCCCUCUCGACGGUACACUGGGCGGUCUCUGUCAACAACUUCAUCUCUGAGAUCACGGGAGAGCAUGGGCGGAGGAAUACAAUCAUCAGGGAAGUCUUCAACGCUGUUGUACUGAUCAAUUUGUCUAUUUCUACCACCAUCGCAUUCCGCAGUGCUAUAACUGCGCUGUUUGGUAGCAUAGCCCCACCCAAUGCAUUUCUCGGACACGCGAUCAAGAUUAGCCAGGUGACAAAUUUGGUAUUCUCCCUAAUCACGAAUGUUAUUGCCACGUCCCUGAUCGGAAUUUGGGCUUGGGAGUAUAGGCGGUCGAUCCGUGAUAUUCUCCAGUCCCAAAAAGGUGCGCCUUCGUUAGCGGAACAUAUCCUGGUCCUCCUUGCGGAGUCGGGAAUAGCAUAUUGCGUCUCCUCCACUAUCGCACUCAUCGGGAUGUUCAUCAAUAUACGGGGAGGAACCAUGGGCGCUAUCUACACCGGUAUUCACGUGCAGAUUGCUGGAAUGUACCCAUCUCUCAUAGUGAUCCUUGUCAAGAAUCGUCGCACCUCAAAAGUUCUAGCCACAAUUUAUGGCCGUCAUUCUCUCCACCCAAUCCCAGAUGGUAGUGCUAACAAUUCCGAUGUUCUCCACGCCAUGCACUUCAACGAAAAUCCUGCUGUUUCGAACCAGCGGGGUACGACCGAGAUUUCCCCUGUUGUGCUGUAG